UAUGCUUCAUUUGGAAAUCAGAAGAGAUGCAGGGGGUGGUGUUGAUAUUCGAAGUCAAUCAACACAAAAAGACAAAUAAAUCAAACAAUUUUUAUUUAUAAAAUGCACAGUAUGUUAAAUUUUUACGCGUAAUCUCUUUUUUCGCACAAAUGAUCCUAAGAUCCUUGCUAGCUCAUCGACCCAGCAAAUAUAUAGUUGUAUUUCCCCAUUACAAAGAAAAAAAAAAAAAAAACUCACAUUUCCUACGGAUAAAAAAGGAAAAUAAAAUUAAUAAUAAUAAACGAAAAACCAAUUCCGAUUACCAGACUCAAAAGUCCCAGGGUUUUCUGGGCUCGGUUUGGAUGUGAAAUUUGUAGAAUUUGUUUGGAGGAAGUUUUGAUCUGGAGAAAAUAUUGGUGUAAAUGGUAGAACUAUUCACUACAAGAGUGGAAUUAUAGUUGAGCGUUGUGCGUUGCUAAGAAUGUAUAGGACUGCGGCUACAGCCGCCACCAUGACCCGAGGUGGAUCGCCAACCGACAAUGUGGAUUAUGUUGUCAGCUUGGAUCAAGUUCCGCGGUGGAGUGACUCGGAGUAUAGAUCGUCUUUGGAAUUCGGGAAUGAAGAUCCUUCAUUUUCUACUUCAUACUUCCCCGAUCCAUUGACAUCUUCAUCUGGGGCAGAGAGUAGUAGCAAUGACAUGGUCUCAAGGUUUCCCGUUGAUCAUGAAAUUAAUUCAAAGAUAUAUCUCUGGAGAGGGAAUCCGUGGAAUCUAGAAGUGGAUGCUGUUGUGAAUUCCACAAACGAGAGCUUGGAUGAAGCCCACAGCAGCCCUGGCUUGCAUGCUGCAGCUGGACCUGGUCUUGCAGAAGAAUGUGCUACAUUGGGUGGCUGUCGAACAGGGAUGGCUAAAGUUACAAAUGCAUACGACCUUCCUGCUAGGAGGGUUAUCCAUACUGUAGGUCCUAAGUAUGCAGUAAAGUACCAUACUGCUGCAGAAAAUGCUCUGAGCCACUGCUAUCGGUCUUGCCUCGAACUUCUUAUUGAAAAUGGAUUACAAAGCAUUGCAAUGGGCUGCAUAUAUACAGAGACUAAGAACUAUCCUCGUGAACCAGCUGCCCAUGUUGCUAUAAGGACUGUGCGGCGAUUUCUUGAAAAGCAGAAAGAUAAAAUCAAGGCUGUUGUUUUCUGUACUACUACCUCAUCUGACACUGAGAUAUAUAAAAGAUUGCUCCCGCUUUAUUUUCCUCGAGAUAAGCAUGAAGAGGAGAUUGCCUUUUCAAAACUACCUGCUGAUGUCGGAGAUGAAAAUGGAGAGACAAUUAUUGAUGAACGUAAAAUUAGGAUCAAGCCAUUGCCCAAAAAGACUAUUCCAAAGCCUACUGAGGCUCCAAUAGAUCUACCUGUCAGUGAUGUUAGCUUGGUUCGAAGAAACUCGUCAUAUUUGGAUACCUAUUUGGAUCCCGCCUUCAUGUCAUUAAUAAAAGACCCAGACCAAAGACGCAAGGAACAAUGGGAAAAAACUGCUCAAGCACGAAGUGGAUUCAAUUGCGCUAAACUGCUUGGAUUUGGUGACCUUGGUGGACCUCCAUUGUCUGCUGCUGAAGAAUACUCACUUCAUUCGCGAUAUCUUGCUAAGGCAAACUCUCUUAAUCUCUCUGAGAUUGCAGAGAUGAAAAUUGUUUACCGCGGUGGGGUUGACAGUGAAGGUAGACCUGUAAUGGUUGUCGUGGGAGCUCAUUUUCUGCUGCGAUGUCUUGAUCUGGAGCGAUUUGUGCUCUAUGUGAUUAAGGAAUUUGAGCCUUUGAUACAGAAGCCUUAUACUAUUGUAUACUUUCACUCGGCAGCAUCUUUACAGAUUCAGCCAGACCUUGGAUGGAUGAGAAGAUUACAACAAAUACUUGGACGGAAACACCAGCGUAAUCUGCAUGCAAUUUAUGUUCUCCAUCCAACCUUUGGACUUAAGGCUGCUGUAUUCGCAUUGCAAUUGUUUGUUGACAAUGUGGUAUGGAAGAAAGUAGUAUACGUUGAUCGGCUUCUUCAGCUUUUCAGAUAUGUUCCUCGGGAGCAGUUGACAAUUCCUGACUUUGUUUUCCAGCAUGAUUUAGAGGUGAACGGAGGUAAGGGUCUAAUUGUGGAUCCUAGGACAAAAUAUGUAUACCAUCGUCCAUAACGGCACUGAUAUGACACGAUGCUGUGCGAUAAGGCAGAUCCUUCAAUUGCGAUUGCUUCAUUGUUUUUUUCUUUGUGAUUAUUAUAUCUUGUAGAUGGAUUGGGGUUGAAUCGGUUUGUCAGUGUUGUAGAAUAAUGUUCUUUGUUCUUGAUGGUGUUUCUCUACCAGUCUCUGUCUAAAAAUCAAAGCGAUAUUCUUUCUACUUGUAUAAUCUUGGAUAAUAAUAAUAAUAAAUAUGCAAGGUUAAGUCUC